UUCUCUUCGUCUUUGUAGAACCGCUCUUCAGAAAACCCUCACAAUCCCUUCCCAAGAUUUGAUAGCCAGAUAUUAAUGAGUUCAAGAACUAUUGCGGCAUCAGUUGUUUCCUGUAAGUCGGGAAACAAGAACUGCAACUUUUUCUGGAUUUUGGUUUGCUUACUUCCAAAGUUCUUGAAGACGAAUCCAAUUGUGAUUGAAAGUGUUGUUAGAAUUCCUGCAAUUAUCAAAUUAGAGACCUUUGAAGAGCUUCAUCCACAGUAGUGAUCUAAAGUUGGUCAUCUCUAUCCUUCUCCAUUGACAAAAAAAUCAAUCUCUUAUCACCAUGGUUUCUUCUCCGCUUCACCCCGUGACUGAAAACAAAGUCUGCAAAUCUUUCCUUACCCAGCUUUUCGUAUCAAAGAGUGUCCCUGAUGUGGUUAUCCAAGAAGACCUUGAGCUAGACUUUUCUGAUGUUUUUGGUCCUUUGCCAUCUCAAGCAUCAACAACUGAAGUUGUUGAUGUCUACGACGCGCCAAUGAUCAUCUAUCGUUCACAUUCUUUGGUUGGUCCUUCCAAUUCUUUGGCUGGACUUGUUGAGAGGGACAAUAAUAAUGAUGAUGUUAAAGAAGUUCAAGAACUUUUGGCCGUUGAUUCUGUAAAAUGUACUGAAGAGAAGGAUCCCAUUGAUGUCCUUACUGUAGUAGGCCUUGAAGAUUUUGAUGUUAUGAAGGUUGUGGGGCAAGGUGCAUUUGGAAAAGUUUUUCAGGUCAGAAAACGGGGCACUUCUGAAAUAUAUGCGAUGAAGGUCAUGCGUAAGGACAAGAUAAUGGAGAGGAACCAUGCUGAAUAUAUGAAAGCCGAGAGGGAUAUUUUGACAAAGAUACAACACCCAUUUAUUGUGCAGCUUCGAUAUUCUUUCCAGACAAAAUACAGGCUAUAUCUUGUGCUGGAUUUUGUAAAUGGGGGACAUCUGUUUUUUCAGCUCUACCAUCAGGGUCUCUUUAGGGAGGAUUUGGGUCGUGUUUAUGCUGCAGAGAUUGUGUCGGCAGUGGCUCAUCUUCAUGCCAAUAGUAUAAUGCACAGGGAUCUAAAACCGGAGAAUAUCUUAGUCGAUGUAGAUGGCCAUGUUAUAUUGACUGAUUUUGGCUUGGCAAAGCAAUUUGACGACAAUACUAGAUCAAACUCUAUGUGUGGAACAGUUGAAUAUAUGUCACCUGAAAUUAUUCUCGGGAAAGGCCAUGACAAGGCUGCUGAUUGGUGGAGCGUGGGGAUAUUAUUGUUUGAGAUGCUCACAGGGAAGCCUCCAUUCUGUGGUGGAAACCGAGACAAAAUUCAACAGAAGAUUGUGAAGGACAAAAUAAAGUUGCCUUCGUAUCUGUCGAGUGAGGCUCAUUCAAUUUUAAAAGCUCUUCUACAAAAAGACCCAAGCAAGCGGCUAGGAAACGGGGGCAAGGGUAGUGAGGAAGUGAAAGGCCAUAAGUGGUUCAAGCCGAUAAACUGGAAGAAACUUGAUGCAAGACAAAUUCAGCCAAGCUUCAGGCCUGAAAUUGCGGGGUCCCAUUGCAUAGCAAAUUUCGACAAGAGAUGGACCGAUAUGCCCCUGCAGGAUUCUCCGGCUGGAAGCCCCACAACUGCUGUAAACCCGUUUCAGGGAUUUACUUAUGUGAGUCCUGCUGCGUCUUUUCUUCAGAGGACCAGCCCCAGUCCCAGCCCUUCCUAAUUUGCUCAUUUGAACAAGGAAUUCCACUUAUUGCCUUGUACUAUUUUAAUGUAUUUCUUUUGGUUGUUUGGAUAUUUGGAAAACUUGUUUGAGAAAUGACUUGACUUUUGAUUGCUAAUAAAUUUGUGUAUUUUUU